AUGCCACAAAUUAACUUUAACAAAGAUGUUGAUAAUAUUAUUAUAAAUUAUAUGACGAAGUUGAAAGGAAGUAAUAGAAAAAGCUGUCCGUUUGCAAUGUUAAGUAGAAAGAUUCCUUACAGUCCCAAUCAAAUACUUCAGCAUUGGUGUGAUAAAUUAGACCCUAAGCUUUGUAAAACUUCUUUCAAUUAUAACGAGAAAAAUUAUAUAAUUAAUUGGGUUAUGAAGUUUCUCGCUGAAAAUGAUAAAAACAUCUCAUGGAAGAAAUUACAGUCGGAAAUGGUAAACGAAUUCGGUAUACUACGUUCCAAAAGAGACAUGAAAAAUUUUUGGUAUGCCAGAAAGAGGCGACAAGACAGGCAAAAAGAAAAUGUACUUGACCUCCAGCUUCUUGAGGACAGAUAUUUUUAA